UGUUGAUGCGAAGUGUUUUCCCCAAAAUAAAACACGUCUGCAGUGUCGAUCUUGCAGCAAGUCUGAAUGAUUUGUUUGUUGUGCAUCACAUUAAAAAUCGAGAUUUAAAAUCGCUUGAAAUCCGCCUCUCCAGAUAAAAAAAAUAUAGCCACCCAGCUGAUGAGCAGCCCAACAAGCCUGGGAAUUCCCUGGUCUCCAAAUCCAAAUCCAAAUCUGAUAUCUCAAAAUGCGCAAAUCCCACCUCAUUGUGCACACAGAGCGCAAAUGGCUUCUCCCUUUCUUCGCAAGCACGCUCAUAUCAAUCCUGCUACUUGCGGCUGUCCUCACUCGAUCCGGAGCUUCUACUCGCUCCAACGAGGAGCGCAAGUUCGUUUUCCAAUCCAGAUCGCUGGACGGAAUGCCAGUAGCUCCCAGACUUGCGUACCUGAUAACGGGAUCCAAGGGCGAUGGCGAGAGGAUCAAAAGGCUUCUGCACGCGAUUUACCAUCCCAGAAAUCAGUAUUUACUGCACCUGGACAGAGAAGCUCCCGAUGAACAGAGGCUAAAUCUGGGAUUCUAUGUGCAAUCUGUUCCUCUGUUUGCUGCAGCGGGGAAUGUGAAUGUGAUAGGCAAGGCGGAUUUCGUAAGCUACAUGGGACCUACUGCUAUUGCUUCUACUCUCCAUGGUGCUGCUAUUUUCCUCAGAUAUGCUAAAGAUUGGGACUGGUUUAUUAAUCUUAGCGCCCUCGACUAUCCUUUGAUCACACAGGACGAUUUGCUUCAUGUCUUCUCCUAUCUGCCAAGGGAUCUCAACUUUAUUCAACAUACAAGUGAUAUUGGACAGAAAGAGUAUCAUACUGUAAAACCUAUUGUUAUUGACCCUGGGCUUUUCUUGUCUGGAAAAAGUGAGGUAUUCUAUGCUACGCAGAGGCGGAUGAUGCCAAAUGCUUUUAAGCAUUUUACAGGUUCAGCAUUUGUGUUACUGAGUCGCAACUUCAUUGAAUAUUGUAUUCUGGGAUGGGACAACUUACCACGGACAGUACUGUUAUAUAGUGCAAAUAUUCUAUUACCUCAAGAGUCAUACUUUCAGACGGUUGUUUGUAAUGCACCAGAGUUCAAAAAUACAACAGUUAACAGUGACCUGCAUUAUGUGACAUGGAAUACUUCUUCCAAACCAGAGCCAUAUUACCUUAACGCAGGUGAUUACAAGAAGAUGGUACAAAGUGGUGCAGCUUUUGCAAGACCAUUUCAUGAGAAUGAUCCAGUUCUUGACAAGAUUGAUAAAGUAGUUUUGCAUCGCAGGCGUGGGUUGUUUUCUCCUGGAGGAUGGUGUGUGGGCAAGUCUAGUGGGAAUAAAGAUCCUUGUUCUGUAUGGGGUGACAUUAGUAUCCUCAAGCCAGGGUCAGGUGCUAAACUAUUUAAGGAAUUCGUACUUAGACUUGUUGCCAAUGAGACAUUUUGGUCUAACCAAUGCAAAUUUGUAUAAGAAGACUGCUCGAAAACACCUCACAAAUGCAGUUCACAUGCAAAUGCCGCUUCAUAUCUCUGUGGUACCCCACCUUUUGAUAACUUGAUUGCGAGUUGAAUGGAGGAUUUUUUUCUUUCAGAGUAGCUGGAGAUAUUGAGCAUUUAAUCAAACUACAUUUCUCUUAAAGUGGCUUAUCAUCCAUUUUUUUUCAAAAUUUUGCUCUGGAUGACUAAGUGAAACCAUUUAUAGUAGACUCAAGAAUACAGAGUUGCUGCCAGGUCUCACUGCUGUCAAUUUUGAGUUGGUAUUGGUUAUGUCAACUUUAGCUUCCCACAGUAGUUUUGGCAAAACCUAACUGCAGUGGUGUAAUUCUAUGUCUUUUUUUAUUCAUCAAAUGUUCUUUAGAUUACUUAUUUCUGCAUGGAUUCAGCGAGAAGUUUUUUCAAUUUGAUCUCAGAACCGGACCGAGAUGAAAAAAAGUGAAAAUACAAUGAGUGAUUGUUUUGGUCACAUGUUCUUGUUGUGAUUCUACGAGAAGCUCUGAAUGAUCUUAUUUGCAUGUAACCAAGCAAAUCGGUGAAAUUUGAGCUUUUAGAAGUAUGUAUCAAUUUGCAGCGUCAGUGAUGGUGCUCUUUGUCAGGCAAUUUCAUUGAAUUUCUUGUGUCAUUAUGACUGUUUAUACAGUGAAUGAUGACCAUGCAGUAAGGUUCCAGAUUGAUUUAAGAGCUACUCAAUUUUAUCCGUUUCAAUUUUACUAUUGAAGACAACAUUUGAGUUUGAUGUAUACUCAGAUUUCAGAGCUUAUGAACACUGAGUAUAUGACAGCAGAUCGGAUUGCUCGGCCUGAUAUGUAGACCAUGGUGUUGUGGCAAUUUCUUAUCGCAGUGUCUUUCAGAAGAGAUGUUGGUAACCUUUUGUUAAGGCAUCCUUUGAAAGAAUUUUCCUCAAUGUUAACUUUCAUUUGUAGGGAGGCGGCUCCUAUGUUUCUGUACCAACGGUGGACCAUCUCAGCCGCUAUUAAUCAUUGGAAAAAAGGAACUUGUAAUUUCAAACUUUUUUUAAGUUCGUUCCCUCGAGCAUUGAAAAUUUCCUAUUUUAUGAUGAACUAAUAUUUGCUGCUGAAUUGAUAUAUCAAAUUCAGAGCUUCUGUUAUUUGGAACUUGAAUUUGCCUCCAUAAUGCAUAUUUGAAUGCAUUUUGUUUAUGUACACAAUUCAAAAGGUAAUCUAUGCCCACAUGCCAUUGCAACUUUAUUAA